AUGGCCGUCCGCGCGCAGUUCGAGAACUCCAACGAGGUCGGUGUUUUCUCCCGUCUCACCAACUCCUACGCUAUUGUUGCCAUUGGCGCCUCCGAGAACUUCUACAGUGUAUUCGAGGCCGAAUUGCAAGAUGUCAUUCCCAUCUGCCACGCAACCAUCGCUGGAACCCGCAUUGUUGGCCGUCUGACGGCAGGAAACCGCAAUGGUCUCCUCGUCCCCACCACCACGACAGACCAAGAGCUUCAACAUCUCCGGAAUACGCUACCCGAUUCGGUGAAGAUUCAACGUAUAGAGGAACGUCUUUCGGCUCUGGGGAACGUCAUCUGCUGUAAUGACCAUGUCGCGCUGAUCCACCCGGAUCUCGAGCGGGAAACCGAAGAAAUCAUCGCCGAUGUCCUCGGCGUCGAAGUCUUCCGUCAAACCGUCGCCGACAACGUCCUGACUGGCUCCUACAUGGCCCUCUCCAACCAAGGUGGUAUCGUCCACCCCAAGACCUCCAUCCGUGACCAGGAUGAACUUUCCUCCCUCCUGCAAGUGCCCCUCGUCGCUGGUAGUGUCAACCGCGGUAGCCCCGUCGUCGGUGCCGGUAUGGUCGUGAACGACUGGCUCGCUGUCACGGGUCUGGACACGACAGCCACGGAGUUGAGUGUGAUUGAAAGUGUCUUCCGUCUGGGUGAGAUGGGUCCCCGUGGUGUUGGCAUGGGUAACGCCAACAAGGAGAGUAUCGUGGAGAGUUUCUACUAG